GGCGUGGUCUCGAAUGUGAUCGUUAUUCUUCGUUCAUUCACGAUUGCAUGUCAUCUCUCAUCUCGUCAUAAUACUUGCUAUGGAAUGGACGUGGGAGUGCUCAAAGCAAGCCGGAACGCAGGAGCGAUCAAGCUAGCAAGCUCGCAGCAUUGUUGGAGGAGGAGCGCGCACAGGCUCUCUGCAAGAAACAACAGCAGUGGAUAGCUGCUUAGCUCUUAAGCCUUGUCCAUUCAAAAAGUCAAGGAGGGGAGCGUUUGCCUGAAGGUGGCCCCAAAAGUUAGCUGUCAGGCGACCAUAUCGAGCAGAUAGAGGCAAGAUGCCUGAAGAGCUUCUGAACAUGCCGCCAGCUUAUUGCAUGGUGGGCGCCUAUCGUCUGGCUCACGACCCGCUUUUGUGGAAGCCAAUGUGGAGCCGUACAUCUCAAGCUGCCAAGCGAGCUGGAGCAGUGGCCGCAGGAUGGGCGGUCGUAACGUGGCCAGUACAAAGGCUUUUUGUCUCCUGGUUCAUGAAAGGUUCUGCGAGUGUCACUGGUAUGGCUUCCAUGUACGAGUCAACCAUCAGCACAGCAGAUCGUCUGGAUGGCUCCAAUGACUCGAGCUUGCUUGGUUUUGGGAUGCCUUCUUUGACCACCUUUGCUGCGAUGAUGUUCGUGCUUGGACAGUGCAACACCAUCAUGGAGUUCUGGCUGAGAAGAAAGCUGCGUGAAUGUCGCAAUGAAGCGUACGCCGCAACCGUCCGAUCGAGAGGCAAGGGCGAUGAUUGGUGGACCCCUUAUUUCGAAGAGUGGGCUGAGCCUCCACUUGCCAAAGCUGAAAAGAAUGCAAAGAAACAAGCAAUUUAUAUGCGGCUUGCCUCUCCCCUGAUCCGCAUCUUCGUGCUGAAAGUCGUGCUGCUGCCUUUGGAUUUUAUCCCCUUCAUGGGACUCAUAGCAUCCUCCGUGAUCAGGUCCCUGUCGAUGGGAAGGCAAUUGCAUUCGCCUCUUUUUGCUCACAAGCGCAUGACUCCUCUACAAGUUGAACUCUGGGUCACGGAGCGACAGUUCGAGUACCGUCUUUUUGGUCUGACCGCGGCCCUGCUGGAGAGCGUGCCUGUCGUCGGACUGGCCUUCAGCAUCUCCAACAGGGUUGGUGCAGCAAUGUAUGCUUUCGAUCUCGAAAAGCGCCAACAAAGCUUCCGUUCGGGCAAGCGCAAGCCUCUGCCAAAAGAAGAGACGUACAGUCUUGCCGAUCCACGUAGGCCAGUAAGUGGUCGCCUUCAUGCUGACUCGCCCAGACGCAAACUUCGCCUGACGCCUCCCGCGGUCUUGCGCGCAGAGCAGCCCUACCAGCUCUCAGCGAAACAAGCUGCCCGUAGCUCCUCAAGGCGACGACGGAUUUGCAAUGCCCGGCGCAGCAUUCAACAAGGCUUCUAGCUCGGUUCAAUUCGACGGGCCACCAGCAUACACCGAAGCGGACGCUCGCAACUACAUCGGAGACACUGCAGCUGGCCCUCAAGGCAAUCUUGGUUUAGCGGCAGCGCACGCGCCAGCAGCAGAAACUGGUGUCGGUCUCAACAAGCGCCGCGUGCCGCCUCCACCUAGUAGAUGAACAAAACAGGCAGAGACAGAGGGCUUGUAUUGUCCGGGCCUCGACACCUCACCGAGACAAGGUGCAGCCCGACUGGUAUCUAGAGGCAGCGUGUCUUGAAGGAGCGUUGUACAAGGGUGGACCAGUAGCGAAAGUUGUUCCAAGCCCAUGAGCUCUGCUUUGAAAUCGAACGCAAAGCGUGUGUUGGACUGAUCCUAGCUCAGCGUGGUUGAACAGCUUCCAUAAAGACGCUGGCCUGCUUGCCAACAGCCCCUCCGAUG